AUGACUUUUAAUGUAGUGGGUAGAAAUCUCUUCAAGGUAUUACAGUCAGACUGUUUCGAAUUGAAGGAGUCGAGUCCAUUCAUACCGUACAAACCACAACAUCAGCAUCAAUCUCCGCAACAACAACAGAAACAAAUAUCACAAUGUCUACCGUCGUCUAGUCAUUAUCACCAACAGCAUUUGAUGAAUUUCACUUCACCAGUGGAAUUUAAUAAGUUGAUUAAUGCCACAGAUCAUCAUGGUAGAUCCUCGCACCUACCGAAUUCUUUAAUGUCAAAUAUAUCGUCUCUUAGUAGUUCAGCUUCAAGUCAAGCUGGUAGUCUUAAUCGACGUGUCCCUCGGUGUAAAUCACCGCGUACAUGUAUGUGGCCAUCCUACAAUUUGGCAUCAGCUCCUAAUACAAAUAGACAGCAUUUUACUCAGUUGCCAGGUCCAUCAAAUACAGAUGUUCGAAAUACUGGUUUAUGUCCACAAUUAGGUGUAUUAUCAACCAAUUCAGUUAGUUCAACAUGUUCUCCAAAUCAGAAUAGUAGUCAGUUUUCACAUUCAAGAAAUCGUCUUAUUGCUGGUCAUUUGCAAACUGUUGCAGCUCAUUUUUUGGGUUCAGUAGUAGCUGCUCCUGGUGCCGCCGCUGUGGGUGGUGCUGGUAGUACCUCUUAUCCAAGAGAUAAAGGUCGUCAUCGAAGUGGUAGUCCUAUUUCCUCUGAAAUUGGACAAUAUUCUAUGCAUAUUUUGAGAGAAUUAUAA